CUCUGUCAUCCGGGUAUCUGCCACCGAAAGAGUGUGGGUGAGGAGGCGGGAAAUGGCGUCUGGGAGCACAUCGCAGUAUCAGCUACUAGACGGUUCGUAAAAACAGCAAAGGCAGAGAGGUACCAAUAAGAAGAAGAAGCUGCUGUCCGCACCGUGGCAGCCAGCAGUGCUUGAUCAGUCAACUCGUUUUCGAGAUACUGUGGAGUACUGUAAAUCUUACAUGUGACUCUUAAAACAAUGAGGCUGAGAAUGCGGAAGGCAUCUCAGCAGUCGAGCCCUGCCCAUGCGCCCCGCCCAUCCCGGACCAAGCGGAGGCAUUCAGAAGUGGAGGAGUGCACCCCGACAGGUGGAGGGAGAGGCCUGCUGUCCACCAUUAAGAAAUUAAUCAGAGGAAAUGCUGUCAAGGUAGAACAGAAGAAUCCAGCGAAGAAGACGCGACUCACCUGCGACAUAGACGACAACCUGAUCUCUUCCACACCACAAGGUGGCGAUACCCCCAGGAGGACAAUCUCCAGGGUCAGCAGGAGAAACUCAGUCAACGGAGAAGCGACAAACCAUGACACAACCAUGACACCAGUAGUAAGCCUGAAGCCCAAUGGGAAACUGGAGGAGGCGGCGGCAGAGACUUUGACCAGUCCGCCUAGAACCACUCUCCUGGGAACCAUCUUCUCUCCAGUCUUCAACUUCUUCUCACCAGCAAAUAAAAAUGCCACAUCAGGUUCGGACUCCCCAGACCAGGCGUUGGAGGGAGAGAUCGUCAAGCAGCUGGACAUGGAGACGGUGGAGGAGACCCCCACCUGCACUGCCACCUCCACAGAGGAAGUGUGUACGACUAUGCCCCUUUACCCCAGCGACAUGCUGCCACCCCUGCGGCCCCCACACCCUCCAGAAGUGCCCGUCGAGGAAGAGGUCGUCACAGACACGCCUCCUCUCACAGCCCCAGGCGCCCCUCCAGAAGGAGGCUAUGUGGAGGCACAGCCCACAGCCCCUGCAGAGGGGACAUACGAGGAGGACUGGGAGGUCUUUGACCCGUAUUUCUUCAUCAAGCAUGUACCUCCACUGACAGAGGAACAGCUGACCAGGAAGCCUGCUCUCCCACUAAAGACCCGCAGUACACCUGAGUUCUCCUUGGUCCUCGACCUGGAUGAGACAUUGGUGCACUGUAGCUUGAAUGAGCUGGACGAUGCAGCACUUACCUUCCCGGUCCUGUUUCAAGAUGUAAUUUACCAGGUGUAUGUGCGGUUAAGGCCGUUCUUCAGAGAGUUCCUGGAGCGCAUGUCUCAAAUCUAUGAGAUCAUUCUCUUCACUGCCUCAAAGAAGGUUUAUGCAGACAAGUUGCUCAACAUCUUGGAUCCCAAGAAACAGUUGGUUAGACACAGGUUAUUUCGUGAGCAUUGUGUCUGCGUACAAGGAAACUACAUCAAGGACCUGAACAUCCUUGGAAGAGACCUGUCCAAGACCGUCAUCAUUGACAAUUCACCACAAGCCUUUGCAUAUCAGCUUUCCAAUGGGAUUCCCAUUGAGAGCUGGUUCAUGGACAAAAAUGACAACGAACUCCUGAGGCUGGUCCCGUUCUUGGAGAAGCUUGUUGAGCUGAAUGAGGAUGUGAGACCACACGUUCGAGAACGGUUUCGUCUGCACGAGCUUCUUCCCCCAGACUGAUCCCUGGAAUGGACGGACACAAUGGGACAGAAGAAAUAACCAAUUAUUGAAUAAACCAACAAACAGAUGUGUAUAAAGCCCUCUUUGGAUUACAACAUUGCCAUUACUGUUGAAGGUUACACUUUUUCUCUCUUUUUUUUUUUACCCCACAUUGUUUUUUGCAUCGAUAAUGACAAGUCUCAAUUUUUUUGAAGCAACAUCUGGUUAAAAAUAAUUUCUAAAGCCACAUGUAUAGAUCACAUUACUGUGGGCAAGACCAAGAAGGCUCCUCCUUUUUGACUGGCUUUUCUUUCUCCCUGCUUCUUAUCGGAGGGGCCAAGGUGCUGUCUGUCUGGUUGGACUAAAUGUGUUAGAUGACAGAGAAGAGGAUUAUACUUGCUCCCUUUGGUGCUUUCAUAGGACUGUUGACAGUGACACUCAUUGGCUACAGACCAAUUUUAACAGGAAUGGCCAGUAAUGUGUGUAUGUUUUGUGUGUGGGUACAUAGCUAUUGUUUUUCUUUCCAUCUUGGGGUUUUUACAAGUGUUUUACCUGUAGCCUAUAGGAUCUCAUUAUGCAUUCCUCUAGCUGAAUUGCUUUUUUUUGUAGACACUCAUUGAAACUGCAAUUUCUUAUUUUACCCCAUUUCACAAUGUUUCAUUGUUUGCUUUUUUCUGCCUAUAAUGUUUUAUAAUGGGGAUAUGUAGGUGUUGUCCAAGCUUGUUGAUUGGAAAUUAAUAUUGAUGUUAUGUUAGGAUAUCCCCAUGCGAUGUCAAAUCAAAUUGAACGAAUCCAGAACUUCCUGUAUAAAAUUUGUUUGUGGUGGAAGUACUUCUGUUUAAACAAUAGUGUUGGCUUUGUGUUUGAAUGAAUAGGACACUUUGCCAAUAAAUCAAUUAGUAUAACUUUCAAAGAAAUUUGCAUCAAGGGACAGUUCAUCAUUUGUGACUAAAUGUCCCCCACUUCUCAAGUUAAGUGUUACAGACAUUUCUUUUAUUGUAAAAUGUAUUUGUCAUUCAUAUAUUUAAAUGUAUUAUUUUUACGCAACCAAGUUUUUAAAAACUUUUUUUUAAAUGGAUAUGUCUAGUAUUGAAUUAUAACUAAUGUAGAUUGUCUCUGUCAGCGUCUCACCCCUGUCUGUUACUGGAGGCAUAUGGAUGGAUGGCUGGGUCCUGAAACAGCCCGAUGUGUAGCACCACCAGCAUAUAAACUGCAAGCCUCAUCACUGUGGUUUAAACCCAACCUGCCUCUAGUAGUUUUUUGUUUUAGGAAUUGGUUUUAUUAUAUGGAUUUAAAGCCUUUCUUUUAAAUGCAGUUGAAAGAGGCAUCGUUAUUGGAGAACCUUCGUUAUGAAUGUCUGUCUCUGCCCAGACUUGGAAGAGUUGUAGAAAAUAUCCCAUGAUGCAUUGUCAGAUAUUGUACCUAAUACUUGUCAUUUCAUGUGGCCUAACCAGAUCCCAGCUCAUAGACACUUUAUUGAUGACAAAAACCAUAAAGAAUUACACCCAAAAAUGGUUACCCUUCCAUGUCCAGUCGGCCCUUUUGUUGAUAUUAUGGACUUGUACAUUUACAUGGUCAUGUAUAUGGUGCCAUACAAACCUCCUUCCUAACCUGAUCUAACAUCGCCACCCAUGUAAUCUCUUUUUCCUCAUUGGAAGUGUUUAUAAGUCUGAGACAAUCAAGCCUCUAAGCUCAAAACACUCAAAUCGGAAAGGAAAUUCUGGUCAGUUUGUUAGUUGCGCUGUGUUUUUUGUUCUAAGUUGAAUUGUGCCCUGCGAACAAAGUUGUUAGGUGAAUCCAACUGUGCCCUAUUCCAGCUAAUCAUGCAUGUCAUCUUGCCAAACAUCUGAGGGACUAAGGGUAAAACUCUGUAGAGUACCAGUCCUUUUAGCCUGCUCUCUCAUUGCCUUUCUGGAAAUCAUCGCCCUAUAAAACUGAACUGGCAUAGAUGAGUUACACUAUUACAGGGCACAGUUUUUUUUUUUUGUGGCAAUGCUAAAUAUUUCCAGACUGAAUGUAAUUAUUUUCCCACACUUUAUCCCAAAAUGGGGAAAAUAAAUUAACAAAUCAAAAGUCCAUGUUCCAAAGGAUCUAUCAAUUGCUUAGAUUUUCUCUGCUUUGAAGGGUGCACAAUGAGUUAAUUUUUUCACCAUUAUAAAAAAAUAUAUAAGUAAUGAACACCCUAUUCUAUAACAUUUUCAAAUAUGCAACCCUAUCCAUACCCACUUCAGCGGUUGGUUGAGAGUUGGCCCCUAGGAGGAUGAACCCGCUCCUUAAAUGGGGCCUGGCACUUUUCUAUCAAGGGAGAGCUUACUUUAAUUGUUUAAGAGCAGUAGUGAUUUUGUUUUUGAAGGAUGGGCUAUUUGACAUGUACAUCCAGUUCAUUUUUAUGUGUAUUAUACCAGUUUUAUUGUACGAUGGAUAUUGUACAAUACAUGCAGCUUUGCGUUAAAAGAAAAUCCUUAAAGGAAAAUCUUUUUGUAUUUUUUAUUUCAAAAGGCAUGUCAUCUACUUUUUAAAUGUAUUCAUGAAGAUUUAACUUUACAUCAGAUGGAGUGUUUUUCUUACAAAUAUAUGUGUAUGUUUAGUUAGGACAGUGUCACUGAACUGUUAGAAACCUAGCAUGUAUGUAGAGAAUCUUGUUUUGUGGGAAAGUCCUGAAUUAAAUUUUAAUCUUGGCACUUUUUCUGCAGAAAAGA